AUGGGUGUCGAUAAGUCAGAAGAUGAAGAAGAAGAAAAUGAAUCGAAAGAAGGAAGACGGAUCAGUUUGUUUGGAGUAUACUCCAAAGUAUUCAAAGUUAUGCUGUCUAAUUGGAAGGAAUCUAUUGAACACACUGAAGAAGAAGAUCGUGUAAGUGAGCUUGAUGAAUUGGUGCUGCCGAGUAAUGAAGAGUGGCGUUACCAAGUUUAUUAUAGACUUGUUGAUCUUCAGCGUGAAGUUGAUUCUACUUUUGACAAAGAAAUUUCGGAUGAAGAUAUAGAUGUAGAAGUGAAAAGUCCAGUGCUGAAAGAUGAAGUCUUUUGGGAAUGGGAACCGAUUGCUGAGAAUCCGGAAGACUUGAUUAGAAAUUCUCCAGAUAUUUUGAAUGAAAAUUUAGCCAAACGCCAGGAAAUAUUGCGACGCCUGGAGAGCCCGGAAGGUUCGAUGACGGAAGCUUACAUGGAGCCUGGAUGGAGACUGAACGAUAUUUUGCAUGCAGCAAAAGUUCUGCAAGGGGAAUCACUGCCACAGCAGACAUCUUAUAAUGAUGAAGUCGAAAUGCGACGAGUGUUUGGUUUAGUUUACGACGUUUUACGCUAUAAACAGAUUCUGAACCAAGUACUCGAGGAUGUGGGCUUCUGGAUCAAUAACAGAGAGCUCAAAAAACGAGAACGGAUUGUCUGGCUGCUUUUGUUCGAUAUGCAAGGCCGUAAAUUCAUGUCUCCGCCGCAGAUUGCUCUCACGGAAAUGAGACAAGAACUAUUCAAAGCUGCGGGGUUGAUGGAUAUUGAAGAAGCUUUGCUGAAAAAUAAGAUCAAGAUUGCUGCUGGUGUUUCUAGAUUGAGGAUCGGCGGCUCGGCUCUUACUUUAGAUAAAUUAUUACCUGCGCACUUGAGAAAUGAAGGAAUUUGCUGGACGGAUGACGAAGCAUCCGCUUCAGGAUGGGUCAACACAAUUAAACUUCCAACUAAAGCAGAGUUUAUGGCUGAAAUGACCAAAAUGGGGUUUAAAUUAUCAGCCAACUGGCGAAGGCUUAAAGAUAAUAAUUAUGCAUUCGAUCCCAUUUGUCCGAAAGUUGUGAUUCUUCAUGAAAAAAUUCGCGAACAAUUGGCUAGAUCUACCUUAGUUCGGGAAUAUCGUUUUAUUUUUCUGGAACGUUCAUUGUGUUUCGGAGCAGCAUCAUUGGCAAAGACAAUUCGUGUGUCUCAUCUCUGCGGUCCAAUAAUCCUGACACAUCUGAUAGCCCCCCGGCAUACUGGGUACUUGGCUGGUCUAUUAAUUGACAUCGAGGACGCUGGAAGACUCCUAGCAUUUGGCGCAGAAUCAAGACGUGCUGAAUACGAAGCUUAUUUAGCAAACCUCGGGAUCAAUGAAAAGCAAUGUAGAAUAUUUUCUGAAAGUUACAAAACAGCCCCGGGGUUCGCAGAACUGGAGCGUUCAACAGUAGUAUUAGCAACUCCUCCAUGCUCUUACACGGGCUUAACAAACAUAGUCGACCUAAUAGUUGCACGAGGAGGUGACACGGAUCUGCUCGAGUCGCUGACUAACGUCGACGACCAAGCGCAAUUAGAACGACCGCGUAAACUAUUAGCUGAGCAAAUGACUUGCUUGAAGUACAUACUCACCAGGCCCAAUGUUCAGCUACUCAUAUAUGAAGCACACAGUACUUUGCCUUCAGAGACCGUUGAGAUGCUUCAGCAGGUUGUUCAGUAUGCAAACAAGAUGGCCGUUGACAAGCACACUCGUGAACACUUGCCUCGUAAGAGAACUCCCACUAAAGACUCUAGCCCUAAGAGUGGUGGAAGAUCCUCGAGAUCUGGAAAACGACCGUUGCUUCAAGAGUCCCGUACUAAGAGCUCUGGCGACGAAGAUGACGAAGAAGAAAUCUCAAGCUCUCCAGUGCCGCAAGUUCAAGUGCCUGACAGUGAUUUAUUCGAGAUAGGAAAUAUUUUCGAGCUGUACGGGCAUCACAAUAAUGAACAAAAGGAAGUAAUCGACAAUCCGCUUGCUGAAGACGGAUGUUAUCUGGCGGUAGUUCGGCGGAAAGAAAUGAUGCAAUUCAACUCGUUGUUUAUGAUCAAAGUUGCCGAGUCAAAAGGUCUUUUCGGGAAUCCCCAGGCUUCCAAAUCCCCGGUGCCGGAGCAGCAGUCUAGAGAAGAAACUUCACCGACGUCUCCGACACCCACCAUGCCAACCGCGAUUAAAAAACUCAAGAAAGGAAAGGGGAAAGGAAAGAAGAAAAUAGUGAGAUUAGAUCGCAUUACUGCGCCAACUCAUUCCUCGAUGCUGAAAGUUGGAAGUCGCAGAACUUCUAGGCAUUCCAGGCAAUCUAUCGACAAUGAAUCAUGCGAGAGUUUCUCUGUCUCCAGUGUUAGAUUGUCCUGUCCGCGAUACAGCGAGCGGGUAGCACGCGACGAGCGUUUUAUCAGCUUCCAAGUACGGGAAACCAGACGCCAAGAUGUCAGAAGGUGGUGGGAGCAAUCCGCGACUUUCCUGAUCCACGCUGCAAGAUGCGAGCCCUGCAAAUUCAGGAUCUUCCAUACUGAUCCUUGGACCAAGAGGGUUCUCUAUGCGCCGAGGGUCCAGCAGAUUGUCUUCCCUCAUGAUGAUGAUGAUCUUCAUUGA